AGCCACGAGGCACGGCCCCCCCCUGGCGGCGGCCCCCUGCGGCGCCCCCCCCUGCGCCGCGCGGGCAGUCCGGGGCGGGCAGUCCGGGGCGGGCGUGGGGAGGCGGCCCCCCGGGGCAGCGCCCGCCUCCCUCGCGCGGGCCUUGCCCGAGGGCGGGCUGCAGGCGAUGGACGGGGCCGGGCGCCUCGCAGACCCGCGGGGCCGCCUCGGCUGGGCGGACGGCCUGCCAGGCUGCGCCGCGCUGCCGGCCCCCGUGCCCUGCAGCUGGGCGGGCGGCCGCGGCGGGGCGGCGCCCUGCGGGGCGGCGGGCGCUCCGUGGGUCGAGCCCUGGGACCGCCGCGGCCUCGGCGCCGAGGUGGACCUCGCGCAGCAGGAGGCGGUGGUGAGGGGCCUGCAGGAGGAGAUGUCCCGUAUGCGCGAGGCGGUGGACCUGCAGCAGGACCGGCUGGACGCCGCGCUACCGCGCCUGGGGAGGCACGAGGCCGAGGUGCGGGCGCUGCGGAAGGAGGUGGCGGCGCUAACGAGCCUGGCGAAGCGGGAGAGGCAGAGUUGCAGAGGUUGGUGGAGGAGGUACGCACCGCUUCGCGGGAGCAGGGCGCGCCCUCGAGGCCGCGGCCCGGGCCGAUCGGGGACGACUCGCCGAAGUGCAGCACCGCGGCCGAGAGGGCCGUGGCCUGCCAGCAGCUGUCCGUGCUCGGCGGGCUCGUCGAGGAUCGGAGACCUGCAACAGCUCAGCGCCGACCAGGGCUGUCGCGCGGGCGCCCUCGAGGCGGCCACUGGGACCGCCGGCGCCGUGGGCGGUGCCGGCACCGCAAGGCCACCGCGGCGCGCCCAGACGGCGUCGGAAGCGCCGGGGGCCCCGAGGGCCGAGGGCCCCGAGCUCGGGGCGAGGCUGUCGGCCCUGGCCGGGGAGGUGCGGAGCGCCGCGGCGCGGCUGGACUGGCUGGAGGCGGCCGUGGGCGCCGGCGGCGGCCCAGAGGGCCUCGCGCGCUGGGCUGCCCAGGUGUCCGACAUGGCUGGCACGCUGGACGGGAUGCAGGGGAGGGUCGCGUCGAUCGACCAGCUGCUGCACGAGGUGCAGGCCGCGGCGGAGGAGGCAUCAAGGCCGCCCGCUGGCGAUGAACUACUCGCGAGACAGGUGGGCAACCUCGUCCAGGAGUUGAAGGAAGUGCUGCCGCACGCGAGGUCCCAACUGGGCGGCGCCGAGGAGCCGCGUGGCCAGCGCGGCACCGGGCAAGCCGCGCCGCCGUGGCGGCCGGGUGCCGCGGAGGUGCUGUCGCUCCACUCCGGCUCCUACUCCUCGGACUUCGGGUCGCCCGCGAGGUGACUUCCGGGCUGCGGUCGCCUGGUGGCGGUGGUGGGCGGGGAAGGGGGGGGGAGGGGAACGGGAUCCAGCCUCCCGUCGGCGCGUUCGUCGUCUUCUGCCUGCUACGCCCCUCCUCUCCCCCCUCUUGCCAGGCAGCGAAGCCUGCCCAAGAGCGGCGCGGAGCUUCGUAGGACAAUACAUUGUUGAAGGGGCGGGUGGCCUUCUCAGGCGGGCCCCCUCCAGGCUUCCGGGGAGGCUUCGUGGAGGCCGGGAGGACUUCUGAGAAGACGCCGGCAGUCUCGGAAGGCCCCCCUUGCCCCCACACCGCUCUCUCAGAAGGCCGCCCCCCCCGCGCCACUCUGGCGCGCGCGCGCCGCCAAUGCCUCCUGAGCCCGCUCAACGUCUGAGGCCAUUCGGCCGCCGAGCGGACUCGAGAUCGAGCCCCUUUCGGCGGCCGAGCGUCGCCCUCCCCCUCGGGUCAGCCCUCGGUGCGCGCCGCCGCGUGGCUGUGCCCUGCCCGAAAGCUGGAGGCACGCGGCGUGGCCAGCAGCUGGCACGAGUGGGCCGCACGGCACGGCCGCGCGCCCUCGCCCGGAUCGCGCCCGCCGGAGGCGGUACCGAGGGCACAAUCGACGAAUACGUCAAGCGUGUUGAAGAUACAUUCGGGAAAUGUAAGCUCAACAAACACACAUAUGCCAGCUGUGCUGUGAGGUACGCUGGGGAUAACGACGGCAAUGUUACUCUUGACCAAAACGAAUGUGCA